AUGAAUUUAGAAUUAUUAGACCCCUGGGAACAAGAGUACCCACAAAUUAUUGAAGAGACAUUAGAAGACGGCUAUGUGUUGAAUUGCAAAUUCAAUCGACGCGGCACAUUACUAGCAGCUGGCUGUUUGGAUGGACGCUGUGUUGUGUGGGACUUUGACACCAAGGGUGUGUCACGGAAUUUAGUGGGGCAUGUCAAACCUGUCGCCAGUAUAAGUUGGUCACACAACGGUAGGUACCUACUGUCUGCUUCAAAAGAUUGGACUUGUAUCUAUUGGGAUUUAGUACUUGGCACAAAGAAGGUCAAGGUUCGAUUUGAUACACCUUUGAUGAUGGCACACAUGCACCCAAAAGACAAUAAUCGAUUUGUGGCAGCGUUAUUUCAAGAAAAUCCUGUCAUUGUGGAUAUAAAUGGAAACGAUAUCAAGAAAACAGUAGUGCCGACUGAACCUGAGGAUAAAGAUGAAUCAAUCAAGCCGUCAGCAUUUUUUGUCACAGCAGUUGCUUGGAACAAGACAGGAAACAAGUUAUACACAGGUACAUCCAAAGGGUAUCUUAACAUUAUCGAUGUUGCAACAAAUAAAAUCAUUUAUACAACCCGAAUUGGCAGUACAACAAUAAAAAGCAUCGUAUGGAGUAGGAAUGGACGUGAUAUGCUGAUUAAUGCAAAUGACCGUGUCAUACGAUAUUUCCGAGUGGAUGAUAAAACAGGUAUCCCCAAGCUGCGUAACAAAUUUCAAGAUUUGGUCAACCGCAUACAAUGGAGCCAGUCUUGCUUUAGUGCAGAUGGUGAGUUUGUGAUUGGUGGCUCAGGACAUAAAGCCGAACAUAAUAUUUACAUUUGGGAUAAAAAUAUGGGAAACCUUGUGAAAAUUCUAGAGGGACCCAAAGAGCCAUUGGACGAUAUUGCUUGGCAUCCUGUGCGACCCAUCAUUGGAUCCGUAAGCAGUUUUGGCAAUAUCUACAUUUGGACAGCGAAACACGAAGAAAAUUGGAGUGCAUUUGCACCUGAUUUUAUUGAGUUGGAGGAGAAUUUGGAGUACGAAGAAAAGGAAGAUGAGUUCGAUAUUGUGCCCGAUGAUGAGAAGACCAAGCGUAAACAGGUGGAUGAGGAUACAUCAGUGGAUGUGACGACCUGUGAUAGUAUACAAGCUUUUCUAGAUUCGGAUGAAGAGGAGGACAGAGAUGAGGUAUUUUAUCUGUCCUCUUUACCCUUUGAAGAUGAUGAAAACGAUAUACAUACCAGUCAUGACGAGGAAUAUGCAAAGAAAUCCUUCAUAUUGAUGAAUAUGAAGAAGAAAAAGUUUGACGGAACAGACGACAGAGCCAAAAAAGCAUUAAAGAAGUAUUGA